AUUUAUUCUUUGAUAUAACGGUUUUUUACUCAUGAAAUUAAUUGGAUAACCAAUUUACAUAUCUAAUUCAUUUUAGAGUAUAAAUAGACGUUUAACAUCCUACUUGUCAGUACCAGUUCAACCACAACUCAGCUACCCGCAUCACAGUUAUCUAGGAGUCGUGCAAAAUAGCAAGAACAACAAUGAGAUACUCGUACCUACUUCUGUUUACACUUUGCGCCCUCUUCCUCUUCAGUAGCGUCAUGGCCGGAAUCAAUUCGUCGCCAGAGUCUCCAGAAUCGGGACCCAUAAGCAGUGAGGAGAGGAACUGCUUCCCAGGAUCCACGUGGACCAGAAACUGCCAGUCCUGUGUUUGCUCACCACAAGGCGUGCCUACCUGCACGGGCGUGCCCUGUCUCUGAUCAUAGUCUUCACCACCCACUACACUGAUUACUGAUUUCUGGAUAACGUCAGAGUCCACUAGGCUCUGAUAUAUUAAAUCCACAUGGAUUGGCCCUGUAUCUGACAAACUUCUAAAAUAUUAUGAUUAAAAUACAUUUUCAUUUGUAAAA